AUGCCCAAACCAGGCCCCGCCAGUCGCAGCAGCAUCGCCAACCUCAUGCGUCUCUCGCAUGUCGCCGGCUGCCCCUGUCACGGCUGCUCGGUCGCUCGCGGUGGUGCCAACCUCGCCCGCGCUGGUCUCAACAUGAUCUCCAAACACAACUCUCAGCCCGGCGCCAACGCUCGUGGGUACGCCACGCCCGUCGACCAUCUCGUGCAAAAGGAGUACGCGUUUGAACUCGCCGCGUCCAACGUCCGGUUCGGCGAAGGCGUCACCAACGAGGUCGGCAUGGACUUUGCCAACAUGAAAGCGCGCAAGGUCGGCGUCUUUACGGACAAAACGGUGCGAGGCCUGACCGCCAUGAAGCAGAGUAUCGAGGGCCUCGACAAGGCUGGUGUCAAGUACGAGAUUUUCGAUAACGUCAGGGUGGAGCCCAACGAGCAGUCGUGGCAGGAAGCCAUCACGUUUGCCCGCGAGCAGGAUUUCUCGCAUUUCCUCGCGGUCGGUGGCGGAAGUGUCAUGGAUACCUGCAAGGUGGCCAACCUGUUCACGUGCUACCCAGACGCAGACCUGUUGGAGUUUGUCAAUGCACCCAUCGGAAGAGGCACGCCCAUCGACAGGGUGCUUCGCCCGCUGCUGUGUGUGCCCACCACCGCCGGAACAGGAUCCGAGACGACCGGUACCGCCAUCUUUGACCACACGGCUACCGAGUCCAAGACGGGGAUCGCCUCGCGCGCGCUGCGUCCGCUGCUCGGCAUUGUCGACCCGCUCAACACCGAGACGUGCCCCACUGCGGUCCACGUGAGUGCCGGACUCGACGUGCUCUUCCACGCGCUGGAGAGCUACACUGCCAUCCCCUACACCGAGCGCACCCCUCGCCCCGCCAACCCGCUGCAACGGCCCGCCUACCAGGGCCGCAACCCCAUCUCAGACGUCUUUUCGCUCUGGGCGCUCAAGCAGACGGUCAAGUACCUCCCUCGUGUCGCACGCGACCGCACCGACGCCGAAGCACGUGGUCAGAUGCUCCUCGCCGCUACCUUUGCUGGCAUCGGUUUCGGCAACGCCGGUGUUCAUCUGUGUCACGGCAUGUCGUACCCCAUCUCCGGGCUCAACAAGAAGUUUGGCAAGUACCAGCAUCCAGGCUACCAGGUCGACCACCCCAUCGUACCGCACGGCGUCUCGGUCGCACUCACGGGGCCCGCCGUGUUUGAAUUUACCGCCCCCUCGGCGCCCGACCGUCAUCGCGAGGUGGCUGCCAUCUUUGACGGCUACCAGAACGGAAGCGAGUCGACGGACAUUGCGCGUCUGCCGGAUGCCGAGGUGGGCGAGCUGGUGUACGAUAGGAUCGCCCGGUUUUUGGCUGACCUCGGCGUGCCGAGGGGGCUCGAGAAGAUCGGCUACAAGCAGCAGCACGUCGAGGCGCUGGUCAAGGGUACCAUCCCGCAGAGGAGGGUGUUGGACUUGGCGCCUGGGAUCGGUGAUGUGAUGGGGGCCGAUGGUCAUGAACACCUCGCCCGCAUCUUGGAAAAGUCUCUCUCGUACUAA